CGAGGAGGAGCUGACAAUGCAGAUCUGGCCGCGAACCCCCCGCGCACAGACCCACCCGCAGCAGCUCACGAGCCGCCCAGCCGACUUCCCCCGCCUCGCCUCCUCCCCGCGCCAGCUGCCGAGGGAGCGCACACGCUGAUGUGCUGCAUUCAGCAGCACCCGGCUUAGCCUCCCCCCAAAUCUUUACUCUCCUCGGCGGCGGGUUAGUGUAUUUAUUCUCUCCCUCUACUAGGCAAGAGCCAUGAAGGGAGGCUGCGUUACCCCGGGGACCAUCGCUGGGCUCUUGUGCCUGGGUCUCCUUCUUUUGGCAUCCGCUGAAAUAGCCGUCUACACGAAUCAUUUUUUGGUGGAGUUGCACCGAGGGGGCGAGCCAGAAGCGAAGCAACUCGCUGCCGAAUAUGGCUUUAGUGGGGUCCGAAAGCUUCCCUUUAUAGAUGCUGGGUACCAUUUUUAUCAUAAUGGCAUCUCCAGGGCCAGGAGAAGACGCAGUCUUCAGCACAAGCUUCAUUUGGAAAAAGACCCGAGGAUAAAGAAGGCUGUGCAGCAGGAAGGCUUUGGCAGAAAAAAGCGAGGCUAUAGAGAGAUCAAUGAAAUUGACAUAAACAUGAAUGAUCCUUUAUUUACAAAGCAGUGGUACCUGAUCAACACUGGUCAAGCAGAUGGGACCCCUGGACUUGAUCUAAAUGUGGCUGAAGCCUGGGAGCUGGGAUAUACAGGGAAAGGUGUUACCAUAGGAAUUAUGGAUGAUGGAAUUGAUUAUCUUCAUCCUGAUCUUGCCUCAAAUUAUAAUGCCAAAGCCAGCUAUGACUUCAGCAGUAACGAUCCCUACCCAUAUCCCCGCUACACAGAUGACUGGUUUAACAGUCAUGGAACCAGGUGUGCAGGGGAAGUGUCGGCUGCAGCAAACAACAACAUCUGUGGAGUUGGCGUGGCAUACAACUCAAAGGUGGCAGGUAUCCGAAUGCUGGACCAGCCUUUUAUGACAGACAUUAUUGAGGCUUCCUCUAUCAGUCACAUGCCUCAAGUCAUAGAUAUAUAUAGUGCCAGCUGGGGGCCAACUGAUAACGGAAAGACUGUGGAUGGACCUAGAGAACUAACUUUGCAAGCCAUGGCAGAUGGUGUGAACAAGGGCCGUGGCGGCAAGGGAAGCAUCUACGUCUGGGCCUCUGGAGACGGAGGCAGCUAUGAUGAUUGUAACUGUGACGGCUAUGCAUCAAGCAUGUGGACUAUCUCCAUCAAUUCUGCUAUUAAUGAUGGCCGGACAGCUCUGUACGAUGAAAGCUGCUCUUCGACCCUGGCCUCCACGUUCAGCAAUGGGAGGAAGAGAAAUCCCGAAGCUGGUGUGGCUACUACGGAUUUAUAUGGCAACUGCACCCUACGGCAUUCUGGAACAUCUGCAGCUGCACCUGAGGCAGCUGGCGUGUUUGCGUUGGCACUGGAGGCUAACCUGGAUCUGACGUGGAGAGACAUGCAGCAUCUGACAGUGCUCACCUCCAAAAGGAACCAACUUCAUGACGAAGUCCAUCAAUGGCGUAGAAAUGGUGUUGGUCUGGAAUUUAACCAUCUGUUUGGCUAUGGAGUCCUCGAUGCUGGGGCAAUGGUUAAAAUGGCAAAAGACUGGAAGACUGUUCCAGAGAGAUUCCACUGUGUUGGAGGAUCAAUACAAGAACCUGAAAAAAUACCAUCAAGUGGCAAGUUGGUUCUAACACUUACAACUGAUGCUUGUGAGGGGAAAGAAAACUUUGUCCGCUACCUAGAACAUGUGCAAGCAGUUAUAACCGUGAACUCUACUAGGCGAGGGGACCUCAACAUCAACAUGACAUCACCUAUGGGGACUAAAUCCAUUUUACUGAGCCGACGUCCAAGAGAUGAUGACUCCAAGGUGGGUUUUGACAAAUGGCCUUUCAUGACAACACACACUUGGGGAGAAGACCCCAGAGGCACUUGGGUUCUGGAAGUUGGAUUUGUUGAUAGCAUGCCACAGAGGGGAGUACUGAAGGAAUGGACAUUGAUGCUACAUGGGACACAAAGCGCACCAUAUAUAGACCAAAUAGUAAGAGAUUACCAAUCCAAACUGGCUAUGUCCAAGAAGGAAGAGCUGGAAGAAGAAUUAGAUGAAGCGGUAGAGAGAAGUCUGAAGAGUAUACUGAGCAAGAACUAGCACUGUUCUGCAUGUUGGUCUCUUUCCUUUCUAGCUCAUUCUACUCACCUUUCUACUAUCCAGACUUCUGUGUUAGACAUAUUACAAUGUCUCCAUAGCCAAAUUAUCAUACUUUAUAGAUUUUAAAGUCUUAUAUCCUGUCAAUGAUUAUUUUAAUUACAACCGAAGCAAUCUUUUUUUACUCUAAGCCACAGAUAUGUUGUUCCCUAUCAACUACUCUGUACAGUUUGUGACUGUAAAUGAUUUUGUGUCAUACAAAUAGGUAAUAACUUGCAAACAAAUCCGUGAUGGCUUUUCCCUUCAUAUUUUUGUGGUAAAUGUUGUUUGUAUUUAAAAAUUUAAAAAAGAGAGAGUAAAUUUUAAAACUGGCAGUUAGUGGUAAGAACCCAUUUGGUCAGCUUUCAUGAUAGAGAUGUUAACAGUAACAAGUUGGCUGGAGAGGCCUUUGAAUGACCAACAGCCUGAUUCUGCGCCAUUGACUUCAAUGGGAGUUUUCCCAUUGGCUUCAGUAAGAAUAGGAAUAGGCCCUAAAAGGAAAAAAUAAUCCAGAGGUUAAGAAAGAUGGUAACCUUCUCUCAGAAAUCAAUGCCUUUUGCCAUUUCCUUUUUACUUACACGCACACGCACACACACACACACACACACCAUUUUUUGACUUAGAGAUGAUUCAUUUGUAUGUAAUAAGUGAGUCUGAUAAAGGACGUGCAUUAGGAAACAGGGUCCAAAUGUUCUAAAAGCACAAGUAUUUUUUAAAAAAUUGGUAAUUCAGAUCCAAUUUAUGCCAAAUCAUCACAUUGGGAAUGAAAUUUAAAAUGGAGGGCUACCCUUUUGCGAUAUGCAUCUGCUCUCCUUUAUACUGAAAUGUAUUCUAGCAGCAUAAGAUAAGGCUGUGUCGGCAUUUCUGUUACAGACCCCUAUAUUCCGGGGUUGGUAAUUUGCUAUGGGAGAAAAUUGGCAUAUGCACUUUUAGUCCAAAAGCAAUUUUUAAUUCAAAUUUUCUUUUAUUUUAAAUAGUAGAGCUUAUGUCAGUUUUGAAUUGUACUCGUUUAUUUAAGAAGAAAAGCUGCUUAGAUUGUUUUGUGAUAUGUGCACAAUGCAAAGUUAGUUUUGACUAGCAAUAAAGAGGAAUAAAUUUGUGAAAAUUAUCCCAUAAAUCGUUGUUGCUGUUUAAAGGACCUAGUCCUCAAACUCUUACACUUAUGAGUGUUUUUAGCAUCUGAUCCAAAAAAGUAAAUUAAACCUCUCAGAGCCUGAUCUAUCUACUGCCAUUGACUUCAAUGGAGAUUACACGUAGUGGCAAACACAACACCCACAAGUGUUUGCAGAACUGGGAUCUCAGUUAGUAAUCUCUGAAUAAAGCAACAGAGGG